AAGUGACGUACCCUUAUAAUAAAUAAGGACGCGGCUGUGAGAGCUCAGGAGAAGACGCGGGGUGAGCGGAAAUAAGCAGCCACAAUGGAUCGAGCGAGGUCUGUCUUGAACAAUAUGUUUAAAAGCGAGCGGUACAGCAGGUUCACCCUGCAGCCGGCCGAGGACGGCGAAAGACACGUUGAGGUCAAACUGUCGGAUGACGCCACAGACACCGAGGAGCAGGCAGGGGGCUCCCCGAGCUUCAGGCCAGCACCUCUACGCCAGAGCCACCGUAAUCUUUGCUACCUGGCCCUGGGGACCCUGCUGAUAUUUGUCACUGGCUACUUGAUUGGCUACUUCAGCCGCAGUGAAGCUCAGGCCGACAAGGUGAACUGUGGCACUGUGGCGCCGUUCAUAAAAACUCCUCUGGAAGAAACACCAGCUGUUGCUCCUGCUACUCCUCCAGCUGAACUGGACUGGAAGGAAGUCACCCAACUCCUCUCACAGAAACUCACCAGCCAGGGAUUUGACAAAACUCUGAGGGACUUUGAUCUGCCCAGACGUUCAGCAGGAAGCGAUGGAGACAAGGCUCUGGCAAACCGCGUCUUUGAGGAAUUCAAGAAAGUGGAGAUGGAUCCGUGGAUUGACAUCCACCACGUCCAGCUGCAGACACCAGACAGCAAGCGUCCAAACCGCGUCACUUUUGGUUCAGAUGUCUUCGAGCCGACAGGGUAUCUGGCCUACAGUGCUCCUGCGACAGCUGAGGGAAAGCUGGUGUAUGGCAACUACGGCCGUCAGGGCGAUCUGGAUGUUCUGCAGAAGAAGAACAUUGAACUGGAAGGCAGCGUGCUGCUGCUUCGAGCUGGAAAGAUCAGCUUUGCAGAGCAGGUGGAUAAUGCUGCCAAGAAGGGAGCCUCUGCUGUUCUAAUCUACCCCGACCCUCAAGAUUACAAGUAUUUAGCGGACACGGUGCUCUACGGACAUGUUCACCUGGGUUCAGGCGACCCCUACACCCCUGGAUUCCCGUCCUUCAACCACACCCAGUUUGCCCCAACACAGUCAUCCGGACUCCCAAAAAUCCCGGCCCAGACUAUCACCGCCAACAUGGCUUCAACUCUUCUACAGAACAUCGGCGGUCCUCAAUCAGAUGCAAGCAGUGGUUUUAAAGGCAGCUUAUCGUCCGUGUCUUACUCACUGGGCGGCAGCAGGAACGUCACUGUGGAGGUGAACAACGUGCUCGUCAACAAAGAGAUCCACAAUGUGUUUGGAGUCAUCAAAGGAGUCAUUGAUCCUGAUCGAUUCGUUGUCCUUGGAGCUCAGAGGGACGCCUGGGGAAAAGGUUACGCCAGAGCCACUGUCGGCACCUCCAUACUGAUCGAGCUGGCUCGGGCUGUUCGGGAGAUGGUGGAGAAAGACGGGUUCAAGCCCAGGAGGAGUUUGAUGUUUGCAAGCUGGAGCGCCGGAGAGUACGGAAAUGUUGGCGCCACCGAGUGGUUGGAGGGUUAUAUGUCCUCUAUUGACAAACGUGCUUUCACCUACAUAAGCCUGGACGGAGCAGUCAUGGGUCGUGGAAGCUUUAUGGCCUCAGCGAGUCCUCUGCUCCAGCGCCUCCUGGAGAACACGAUGAAAGAGGUGAAGAGUCCUCUUGGUUCUGACACUGUGUACUCUCUGGAGGGAAAAAGAAACCUGGCCAAUAUUCUGAAGCCAAUGUCAAUGGACGACCCUGCCUAUCCCUUCCUGGCCUUCUCUGGAAUCCCCUCCGUCUCUUUCCACUUCAUCUCACCCGAUACUGAGGGCUACAGCUACUAUGGCACCAACCUGGACAACAUGGAUCACCUUGACUACCAAACCAACCAUCACACCACUGAGAUGACGGUGGCUGCGGCGCAGUUUGCCGGCCAGAUGGCUCUGCGACUGGUUCACGACCACCUGCUCAGCCUGGACGUGGGCCGAUACAGCGGCCUCCUCACCAUGGCUGUAGUCAAAGUCUUCAAACGCAUCAACGAGCUCUCAAAGUCUGGUCAGCUGAAGGAAGUGAAUCCCAACUGGCUGAACAGUGCUCGUGGCUCCUUCAUACGAGCUGCAAACAGCCUGAAGAAUGACAUCAUGGGCACUGACUUGGACGACGAGGAGGCCUGUCGGAUCCUCAACGACAGGAUCAUGAGGGUCGAGCACUGUUUCCUCUCUCCGUACGUGACCCCCAUUGAGACUCCCUUCCGCCACCUCCUGCUGGGUCGGGGUUCCCACACUUUGGCCUCCCUCGUCGAGACCACCGACAUGAAGGGUCUCCGCACCGAGCUGGCCCUGACCACCUGGACCCUGCAGGGAUGUGCCAACGCCAUGGUGGGAAACAUCUGGGACAUCGAUGAGGAAAUCUAGAGAAGAAGGAUGGGGAGUUGUGAGUGUGUGUGUCGGUGAAAACGAUAUCUGAGGUAGAGCAGAGAAAGAAGCUCCAAUAUAUCAGCACAAUCCGAGGUCUUAGCCCCACCCUUUAAAAGCAGGCCGCAAAGAUCCAAGAGGAGAUAGAAAAGUAUAAAAUGCAUCUUUAACUGUGAACCAACAUGAAAAAAAGACUUGAAGAAAUAUUAAUGCUACUGACAAACCUGCCUUCUCUCCUCCUGCCUCGGCAUUAAACCAGUUCAGCCUUUGCUGUGACCUCUCGCCAUCAAAACACUGAGAAACCUUAUUUAUACUUCAGUUUAUUUUAUCAGUGGCAGUGCCCACUAUAAAAGUUAUUGUUUGUCUUUUUAUACGACGUUAUCGGAAGCAGUGCCUUCCAUAAUUAUGACAGUUAUACUGUUGAAUCGUCCGGCAGCAUCUGCUACAGAAACCACUCCUCAACUGUUGCUGACAAAAU